UUAAAAAAAAUAGAUAAGCAUAUAUUCUAUAAUCUAUUAGAAUAUUUGCACAGCCUUUUAUUUAUUUUCUUUUACUGUAACAGACCACUGCUACUUAUACAACCAUCAUCGAAAUUAAGAGCAAUCUUACAAAAUGGCCACACUUAGUAAUACUAGCAAGGGUUAUAACCUUGCACACAUUAUUUAAGCUUUUCGUGCUCUGAUUACUAAAUUUGCUGAAUGGGGGCAAUAAGCAUUAGGACUUAAAAUCAGAGCACGUGCAUGUUGAGAUUUACCAGGUUGACUUGCAAACACUUCUGUUUUGUACACAGCCACAAACUGAUGGGAACUGUUGUUGACAUGCCUCACGGGUGUACACGCCCUGCCCCUCUAAAAUGGCAGUCAAUGUCUAUAAUUUUUUCAAAGUUUAUUUUUAUUUAUAUUUCAGAGAGAGAGCAUGAGCAGGGGAAGGGCAGAGAGAAAAAGAGAGAGGGACAGAGAGAAUCUCAAGCAGGCUCCAUGCUGUCAGCCCAGAGCCCAAUGCGGAAUUGGACCUCAUGUACCCCGUGGGGCUCAAUCUCACAAACUGAACCUCACUUGACGUGAAGUGAGCCAGAGUCUGCACUUAACGGGUUGAGCCACCCAGGAACCCCUAUUUAUUUUUUUCAAGUAGGGGUAGAGUUCCCAUUACCCAGUUUGUCUCUUGCUGUGCUGAGGGUAAGGGGAACACCAGAUUUUUGCAUCCACAUGCCCUCUGAUGUCACUCAUUCAUUCCACAAUGAAAGGAAUGUAAAUAUUCUCCUAAAAAAAAUAAAUGAACACAUUCAUUUAAACUAGGGUCUGUAAGUGACCGAUUUAGCACUUUGGUUGGGAGCAACAGUAAACCGGAAGCAGCCAGAGGGUACUGAGUAUCGAAGGGCAUUACCAGCGGGAGGGGUGUGCCAUAAAGGGUGAAGAACUCAGACAGUGGAGAAGUGGUAUCCUGGGUACAAUGUCACUGAAUUCUCUGUUUUGCUUAACGCCGCUUAGGAAACCGUAGUCCAGCCAAUCUAAACAUGUAUUUACCACUUCAACAAUAUUCUGCUUUGUUUUCUUCCUCAAGCUCUUUGGCCGGAAAAACCCAUAGCUACAGAAAAGGGGAAACUGUUCCCAGACACAUCGGGGAGUUCUAGUUGUGUUUGAGCAGGGAAGUGCUCACAGGAUGUCAGGGUCUCUACAGUUCAAGGAUAGAUAGACACCUGUUCUUAAUAGUUGUGAAAAUAACCUAGAAACUUGGAGGGAUAGUGGAAAAGGUCUAUAGUAUCAUGGCCUGAAACAUAGUCUUGUCACAUGCACAGCUGAUUCUAGCUUUGCUGAAUGGUACACAAAACCCGUGGGGAAAGGAGGCCCUCUUACCACCCCUCUCCCCUCAAAGCGAAAGAUAAUCUCAGGGGGUCCUGUUCAAUGGCAGGUGGAAACCUGGGCUCUGAGAUGUUGAGAAUGAAAUUCCGUAAGAAUCAGUGUGACAGUGCCUGGAACUUCAUAAGGUUGGAGUAAAUUCCCCGCGAGUAGGCAGUUGAAUAAAUAGCAAGUAAAGAGGAGAAUAGCAGUGGGGUAUGUAGCCCUCAAACUGUGAACCUGUAGUGAAAUCUCGUUGAUGAGGGUUCUCAGUCCCCCAUGGUGUCUCUGGGUCCUCAUUGUAAAUGUCAGUUUUUAAUCUCUGAGGCCCACACACCUUGGAAACUCUAGUUUUUUGUUUUGUUUUGUUUUAAAUAAAGUCUUUUGAAAUUAAGAUGUUAAAUAAAGUCUAAGAUAAUUUCCUUAUUUGCUUUUUUAUACUAAGAUUAAAUAAAAAAAGACCCUGAUCGUAUAAGUUCCUUUAUUGUUUAGGGAUAAGCACCCAUUUACUGUAAAUUUGUGGUAUUAGGAUAGCUGGUCACAAUGGAACAGGUUCACACCUGCGAAGUUUUGGGCAAAGAGACCUUGUCUUAAGGAGAUUAUAUUUUCUAUGAAAACCUUGCACACUUGUGUUUGUAGUUUAGCCUAAUUUUGUUUGAAGACUUUUGUAUACUUAAUCUCUUAGCGAAUCUGGCUAAUUGUUUCCCAUAAGAAACUUAACGAUAUAAUUCCUAGGUAUGUUACACUCUACUGUAUUGUUGAUCAAGAUACCAAUUAAACAAGUAAAUGGUAAAAAAAAAAAAAAAAAAAGACACAGUGGUGAUACAUAAGUCAGAAUUUCACUAUGUGACAAGGUGGCCUUUAAAACUGAUAAAGGAUUAUCAAGAUGUCUUGAUAAAGAAUGGUUCAGUCAAGAAACAUAGUUGGGAUAACUGGUUGUUCAUUUGGGGGAAAAUGAAAGUAAACGCCUAUUUCAUACCAAAACCUAAAGUAAGUCCAGAAGGAUUAAAAGUUUAAAUGUACUUUAAAAUGAAAGUUUAGAAGGAAACAUAGAAUAUUUUUAUAAUCGUUUUAUAAAACAUUUUUUUGAGGUUGACUCCUAGUUUAAAAUACAAAAUGGGAAAGAUCGACAGAUGUGAUUUCACAAACAUUUUGAGCUCUUGUGCAGAACAUAAAAAGUUAAAAGACCAAAGACAAAUGGGCACAGAUUUGUAACAGAAGUGAAAAAAAGCCAAUAUCCAUGUUACAUAAAAGCUCCAAAGAAGCAGUUCUUAAGAAAAAGUAAACAUUUCAAUAGAAAAACUUAGAACAAUGACUUAAAAAGUCAAGCGAGGAAAACAAAAAUACAAAUGGCUAAUAAACAUCUGAAAAACAAUGCUUAUUCUUAGUGAUAAUCAAAGACAUGGAAAUUAAAGCAAUUAGAAAAAAAUUUUGCUUAUCGAUUUGGCAAACACUAAAAAAGAUGCUGGGGACAGGGUGAUGAAACUGGCAUUUCUACACCUCACUGGGGUGUGGACAGGGGUACAAACGAGGAGGGCACGUUGGCCAUGCGGAUCAGAAGUCAAAGUGCACAGAGGCAGGACUUCACUCUAACCUGGAAAAAUCCCGAUUUGCCUGGAAUUAAGGAUAUGCAAGAAGUUUCACAGAAGGAACAUUUGAGGGCAGAUGGUAAGAGUCCAAAUAAUGAAUUUGCCACCAUAAUGCGUCUUUAUCUGAACAUAGAGCGGAGCCUGGAAGGUUUUGGAAUAUCAACUGCCAUAAUAUUUGCAAGGUAGGGGGAAUGCCAGGAAACUGGUUCUAUUUCUAGAAGAAUCGCUUGGGGAAUAUGAUUGAAAAACUUGCUUUUACUCAUCGGGAAAUUAUGAUGAAAGUACUGUUACUAGGCAUAGGGAAACAGAGAAUGAUUGUUUUUUGGUGUAUUUGAAAUAAUUAAGAUUUAUCACUCUAUGGCUCUAAGCAUUGAAUGGAAGUUGGAUAUUUGUGUUAUUUAAAAAGAUACACAGGAAGAGCUUGUUACGUCUUUAAUCUGAACUUUCACAUAAGAAGUUGCCACAAAGCCUGUUCUCUGGUUCUUUCCAGUAGGCCUGAUAAAGUGUGUUUUCAUCCGUUGACACUGAAGACACUCAUAUUUGUUAGAAGGAUUGCUUUGAAAUGUAUUCUCUUCUUUUUCUUGAACAAAGAAACCUUAUUCGUAAGGAAGUCAGAUGGAGAUCAAAUUAACAAUCAGGAUUUUCUUAAAAUCAUCUCCCAAGCAACAAAAUGCAUUGGCUCAAAGUCCAAGAGGAAGGUUAGAUUGUUUUGGGGAGAGAAAUUUAGAGAAAUAGUUGAUAAAUUCUUUUUAAAGAAUAAAAAUCUCUUUAAAGGAUAAACAUUUAAAGAUAAGUCUUUAUGUAGGAUUCAGGCCUGCCCUUUUCAUUUUCUGCAAGUGUGAAAUGGAAAUAAUUCCCACUUUAUUUACAAGAUUGCCAAAAUAACCAAAUCAAUCCAUAUGAAAGUAUUUUGUAAACUAGAAAGAAUUAUUCUUAUUUCUUCUUCUUGUGUAACCAUCACCUCCCUCAAGUGCCAUGCAAAUACUUUUUCAAAGGAACAAUAUGAGAGGAAGUUCAAAUUCCAUGGGUUUUACCCAUGGAGUCAUGUGAGGAAGAAGUCAUCUGGGGAUUCCAGGAAGGCUGGGUCCCCAUUGCUGAGCUGAAGGCUUGGCUGGAAGAAACAGCUUGGCACCUUCUCUGGAAUGCCAUUGAUCAUCCUUGAAGGGCUUGGUGGUAAUGUUGACUCUACCGAACCAAGAGUGACAGGAAAAAAGCUUCAGUUACAAGGCGUUGGAAUAGAGCCAACCCCUGAGGCUGGCAGUCAGGCUCUUACAACGGGAUUGAGUUGGACUUGUCUGUAGGAAAUGAACUGUAUUAGAACAUCCAUAUUGGGUGAUGAGCUCAGAACAACAGUUCAUCCUGUAACUAAGACACAAAGCACAGAUGGAAUGACUUAAAAAAGCCCAGAAUCUUUGUUCGUGGGGAACACACAGCUGUGCUAGGCUGACAGCACCAGCAUUAGGAGUAAUCCCCUGCAACUGAAGUUCCCAUGAGUGGCAAAGGACACACAGACUUGUAAAACGUAUGUUAAUUUUUGGAACAAAAAGGAUCAGAGGAGGAGGUAGGGUCACAAGCUGGACUCUGAAGGGAGAUCCCUUCGAUGCAAUGUUGGAGAGUUUAAAUAGGAAACAGAGACCCCAGCAACCGAGAAGUUCUUCUCAAAAGUGGGUCUGGAUUGCUGCUUUUGGAGUUUCUCUUAAUGGGUAGAGUUAGGGUGUAUGAACAGCCCGCCUGACUGUGCUGUGAACCGCCAGUGCUUGGCAUGGUGCCUGGGAAAUUGGAAGCUCUCAAAUUAGAGUUUAGCAGAUUGGUAAAGUGUCCUGGGGAAGGAAUGACUGAGCUAAGUCAUUCAUCCCUUUGGUCUCUUCCAGGCUUAAAGUUUUAGGAUUCUUAAAAAUCACACCUCUAUUCUCAACCCAAGGGCAUCAUUCUUAGUAGGUUUUCAGCCCAUUUCAAAAGAUGUUCCAGAAUUAGAAUAACCAGUUUGAGGAGAAAACAGGUAUAAAGCCCAGUAAGUUUUUUUUUUUUUUUUAUCUUUCCCAGGUUCUAUUUGAUGACUGACACACACUAAGGAAAAGAACAAUAAAUAAAUAAUAUGCAAAUAGAACUUGGGAAAUGGGCAUAUAACAAUAGAAUCUGAAUGUGAAUGGAUUUGAACUCACCUUAUUCUAUUGGUUAUUUUAUAGAGGAGGAAACUGAGUCCAGCAAGGUUCUGUUUUGUUUUGUUUUUUAAAUUUCACAAGUUCUGACAGAUAAGAGACAAACCUGGGGUUGGAUUCUAAUUAAUCUAGGUCUUUUCCACUAUGUUUAUACAACAGAAGCAUGCUAAAAAACCUGCUAAAAUGUGAAAUACGGGCUUAAAAUUUACUGUGCACACAUAUUUAUGCAGAUACUCACUGAGAUUCUAAAUAACUGUAAAUUAGAAAAAAAUUUUAUUAAUGUUUACUUAUUUUUGAGAGAGAGAGAUAGACAGAGUGCAAGCAGGGGAGGGGUAGAGAGAGGGGGAGACACAGAAUCUGAAAUACGCUCCAGGCUCCAAGCUGUCAUCAGCACAGAGCCUGCCACAGGGCUCGAACUCAUAAGCUGUGAGAUCAUGACCUGAGUCGAAGUCAAAUGACUAAGCCACCCAAGGCCCCCAAGAUUUUAAAUAACUUUAAAUUGUAGCUCUUCCAGAAGGAGUUUGUCUAGCUCAUAAGGUUCACCAGACCUCCCAGCAUUUUUCCAGAUGUGAAUGGGUUGCCUUCCCUGUCCCCACCUAUCUUUUCACCUUUUCUACUAUAUCUGCCUACUUAAAGGAGCACAAAGAAACUUUUCUCAAAGGCAAAAGGCCCAAGGAUUCCUACACAAAGACAGAUCCAAUGAAAAUGUUACCAAAGAGUUAUAAAAUAAGACAUGAAAUAAAACCAAGUUUGUAUAGGUCCUCUGCCUGUAAAGCAAGCACUUCUAUUUGAGUCAUGAUUUCUUUCAGAUCCUAGCUGGAGAUCUGCUCUUUGCAUUAGCAUGUGUGUGUGUGUGUGUGUGUGUGUGUGUGCAUGUGUUGUAUACACGUGCCCAUGUGAGUCCAAGACAGAGAGGAGGGAGACAACUCUACUAGGAUUUCUUCUAUUUAUGGAGGAAGAAACAAUCCCAUAAAUAUUGGUGCCAACAAAGCAGCCCAACGGGUCAACCGUGCCUAAGAUUAGAAUGUUGCUAAAAAUUCUGGGAAGUGUAGGUGUGAGCAGUUCCAACUAAGCACCACUGUUGAUAAGGUGACAGCUGUUGACAUAAAUAAAUAAUACUUGGAGCCCAUAAAUACAUAACUGGAAGAAUGGAGAGACAAUGGACAGCCUUCUCCACAGGCGUAACAGCAAGUCUUAAUGAUUGUUCUCUGCAAACUGAAGGACAGGGAUUAUCAGGAAUGAAUUCACUUAAAUGAAUUCAAGGAAGUGACGAGAGUCUUGCCAUGGCCAAGCCUUCCCUCUGCAGCCAGUGCCAACACAGCUGUGGCUCAGGCAUCAUUGGCCCCCAGCUGCCAAAAGCAAGUGAUGUAAACACAUAUACUCUGAUGACAACAACAGCUCCUUGUUUGUGGCUAAGGCACACGGAUUCAGAGAAUUUUUAAUAAUCAGGACCCUUUCAGUUUGGAAAGGAAGUCCUGAGAAUACCACGAAGGUUGCCUCGAGUAAAGGCAAUGUUAAGUGGGAUUUAAGAUUACCGUACCCUACACACACACACACACACACACACACACACACACACACACACAGUAUUUCUUGACAUCUACACUGUUGAUGACUCUCCUUUGAGUCAGAUAAUUCAGUUACUAUGAAACUGUAUUACCUUGAGGCUGAAAUCCAUCCUUCUAUUUACAUAGCGGUGGCCAUCGACCUGGGAGCGUCUUUAUUUGGUUAAGUUAAUUUGGUUCACAAUCGAAGUCAAAUUCUGACACAAUUCAACAAGUAACUGUAAAAACUGGUGCUGAAAUUGAAAUAUUAGUAAUGUUCAUUUUAACCACUAACAUAAUUGAGGCUUAUCACCCGCCAGGUAUUGUUUUGGUUACUUUGUAUGCAAUAAUGCAUUCAACUCUCGUAAGAACUUCUGAAUUAUAUACUAUUUCCUCCAUGUUAUAGGUUAGUAAACUGAGGUACGGGAAGCCUGAGAAAAUGUCAGAGGGCAUCUACUUGAUAAUAUCAAAGCUGGUAACUGAACCCUGGACAAUUCAACUACAGUGCUUGUUUUGAUCCAUGUGCCUUGAGAUACCAUUUUCCCACCUUUGACUAGUUGGCAAAUAGAGGAUGCCCAGUUAAAUUUGAAUUUCAGAAAAACAACGAAUAAUUCUGGACAAUGAAUCGUGUCCCAAAUGUUGUAUGGCACAUACUUAACACUGAAACAUUAGCCAUUAUUUACCUGAAAUCCAGUCUUCCAACUCUAUCUAAGGAGGAGGUGUUUACACCAAGGGAGCAAAGAAAAAAUUUUGAUUAGUUUGAGCUUUGGUCCCAAGCCCCAAAUUAGAAUUCAAAUCACAGGGUUGGCCUUAGGGCAGAACUCCUUUUUCCUAUCCCAGAACCAGUCUAGAAUAAUAACUCUCAAACCUGCCUGGAGGCCAGCAUCUCUUGGUAACUUUAAUAAUGCACAUGGCUGGGCCUAGCCUGUUUGAGAUUUAGCAGGCUUAGGGUGGGAUGCAGACACUUGUAUUUUCUAAUGAGCUUCCCAGUGUUUUCUUUUCUCAUCCUCUUCUUCUUUCCCCAUCUUGUUUUAUAGUCUAGCUAUUCAUGAUUGGCCUACAGAGAGGUGACUGAGAAUCACUGUUCUGAAGUCCUGACUGUAAGUGACAGUUUACCAUUUCUAGCAAGUCCGAGGAGACAGCCUGGAAUACACCCUCCACAUGGGAGGAAGAGUGGAUAAAGGGGCCAAAAGUAUGAGAAAGAGUUUCCUUACGAUGCCCAGGCUGUCAUCUAGGCCUUAUUGGGUUGGGUUUGCAGCCUCCAGUCUGGACAACAUAGGUGAGAAAGAAGAUUUUUCAGAGAGAGAUUGAGAGGGAGAAUUGAGAGAAAGACCCAUAUGAGGGCGAGCCUCCCACUGGGACACAGACCCUGGCACAAGGACAGGAUAGAUCACACCUUACAGGCACAGAGACUGUUUCCCUCUUUGAAAUCUUCACCACUACAGACCGUGGUCCAAACAGUGCUCAGGAACUGACAUUAAAAUGUUUUCCCUGGAGGUGGAGAAAAAGUGAAAAUGGGGUUGGAAAGAGCACAGGCUUCCUCUGCAAUGUGGCUGCACUCCAAGAAGGUAUUGGAACUAUUGGGACUUUAUCAAGAUGAGAAGUUUCUGCAUAGUGAAGGAAAUAAUCAACAAAACUAAAAGGUAACCUAUGGUAUUAGAGAAGAUAUUUGCAAGUGACAUAUCUAAUACAGGGUUAGUAUCCAAAAUCUGUAAAACAACUUAACAAACUCAACACUCAGGAAAUGAAUAAUCCAAUUAAAAAAUGGACGGAAGACAUGAAUAGACAUUUUUCCAAAGAAGACAUUCAGGUGGCCAACAAUAUACAUGAAAAGAUGCUCAACAUCACUCAUCAUUAGGGAAACACAAAUAAAAAUCACAAUGAGAUAUCACCUCACAUCUGUCAAAAUGGCUAAAAUCAACAACACAAGAAACAACAGGUGUUGACGAGGAUGUGGAGAAAGGGGAACCCUCUUGAACUGUUGGUAAGAAUGCAAACUGGUGCAGCCACUCUGGACAACAGUAUGGAGAUUCCUCAAAAAGUUCAAACUAGAACUACUUUACUAUCCAAAAAUUUUACUGCUAGGUAUUUCCCUGAAGAAUACAAAGGGAUACAUGCACCCUGAUGUUUAUAGCAGCAUUAUCUAUAAUAGCAAAGAUAUGGAAAUAACCAACUGAUGAAUGGAUAAAGAUGUGGUAUGUGUGUGUGCGUGUGCGUGUGUGUGUGUGUGUGUGUGUGUGUGUGUGUAAUAUUACUCAGCCAUAAAAAAGAAUGAAAUCUUGCCAUUUGUAAUGACAUGGGUAGAGUUGGACAGUAUUACACUAAAUUGAAAUAUGUCAGUCAGAGAAAGACAAAUAGCUUUCCACAAAUGUGGAAUUUAAGAAACAAAACAAAUGAGAAAAGGAAAAAGAGAGAGAGAGAGAGAUAAACCAAGAGACUUUUAACUAAAGAGAACAAACUGAUGGUUAACCAGAGAGGAGGUAGGUGGGAGGAGGGUUAAAUGGACAAUGGGGACUAAGGAGGGCACUUGCUGUGAUGAGCGCCAGGUGAUGUAUGAAGUGUGAAAUCACUAUUUUGUACACCUGAAACUAAUAUUACACUGUAUGUUAACUAACUGGAAUUUGAAUAAGAACAACAGCAACCACACAUACAAAAAAACAAAUAGAAAUGUCCAUGGGCACGUCUCAGAAAUUAUUAAGUUCCGUUUCACAGAAUUGUUCUGUUAUUUAACUAUUCCGUUAUUUAUACAUACAUACUCCUACAUUUUAUUAUAUGUGUGUCUAUACAUGCACAUGUUAUAAAAUAUAUUUCUUUUUAUCGAGCCUGGUCAAAAAGUUUGAAAAACACUGCCCUAAGCAUAAAUAGCCAUCACUUUGAGAACGCACAGAGCAGGCCAUUGGGAAUAGGACCCGAAGAAGAUAAAUUUUGAGAAGCAAGAAUCUAUAAGAACAAUCUGGAGCAUAGGCUGCUGCUCAAAGAAAGUUAAAAUCAGUAGAUUUUGAAGGAGUUUUGGCAAGUGGGGAGGUAGCGACGGGAGAGGACCGAAAUUCACCUAAGGGGAGAAGGUAAACACAAAAGUUGUAUAUGGUUCAUUGCUUAUUUUUCUUCCCUAGAAAGCCCUGGAAAGGAUUGCUGCUGACACGUAGGCCACGCCUGUGGUAGUCUUUAUCCUGUCCCUAAUGCCUUUUUUCUCUUCUUGUAGACCAGAGGGCAAAGUGUGGGGGCCUGUCAGGGAUGUCAGGACUUGUGUGAGGGUUAAGGUACACCCAGGAAACAAGGUAAGAGCUGGAAGGCAGGGUCCAACUCUGCGUUUUCUGUGCUCCUGGUCAAGCACACUUAUUCUAAUGGUGGGUUAUCGAGGCUAGGAAUCCUAUUUUUUCGUCGUUUCCUAUGGCGAUGUGAAAGAAUGUUGCGAGCCCAUUGCACUCCUUCAUUUCUGUCGAGGCUGUCCAAUACCACUUUUCAAACAUUGUGAGAAAAACCCCACGUAAAAUGUGCCACCUUAACCAUUUUUAAGUGUGUGGUUUCAGUAGUGUUAAUUAAGUGUAUUCACAUUGUUAUACAUCAGAUCUCUGGAACUUUCUCAUCUGGCAAAACUGAAACUUAGACCCAUGAAAUAGCAAGUCCCCAUUUCCCCCUCCCCCAAGCCCUUGGCAACUGCCAUUCUACUUUCCAUUUCUAUGAGCUUGACUACUUUAGAUACUUUAUACAAGUGGAAUCAUACAGGAUUUGCCUUUUUGCAGUUGGCUUCUUUUUCUUAAUAUAAUGCUCUUGAGGUUUACCCAUAUUGUAUCAUGGGACAGGAUUUCCUUUUAUUUUAAGGCUGAAUACUAUUCUGUGCCUAAUAAAACUUUUGGCAAUAACAGAAAUGUCCUGUGUCUACACUGCCUAAUAUUGGUAGCCGCCAGCUACAUGUGGUUAUCGAAUACCUGAAAAAUGGCUGGUGUGACUGAGGUGUUGCAUUGUUCAUUUCAUUUUAUUGUAAUUAAAAUUAAAAUUCAGACUGCCACAUGUAUCCAGUGGCUACUAUAUUGGACAGAACAAUUCUAACUUACGGUGAUUUUUUGUUGUUGACACCAAAUAACCCAGGUAUAAAUGAUGAAUUUUGUGACCCUGACCAUGUGCUGAAUUUUGUCUCAAUUCUUCUCACAUAACCAUAAGCUUGAGGAUAAUUCGUUGAUAAUUACGUCAACUAUAAAGAAGGAAAUUUGCUGCAUUGCUUCAUUAUUUUAUGCUUAAACACUGAUUCCAUAUUAUUCCAUAUAUAUUCCAAUAUAUAUUCCAUAUAUAUUAAUGCUUCUAAGGAUCAUUGGUUAUUUUAAUGCUUGCUUUUACUGAUAAAAGGGAAACCGUGAAAUAUAAAAAGGCUGGAUGUUGAAUGCAUUUAGUCACAAAGUUAAGCAAGUCAUAAUUUUAAAAUAGCCUGUGUUGGGGCGCCUGGGUGGCUCAGUCGGUUGAGCGUCCGACUUCGGCUCAGGUCAUGAUCUCACAGUUCGUGGGUUCGAGCCCCACAUCAGGCUCUGUGCUGACCACUUGCUCAGAGCCUGAAGCCUGCUUCAGAUUCUGUGUCUCCUACUCUCUCUGCCCCUCCCCUGUUCACUCUUUGUCUCUGUUUCUCAAAAAUAAAUGUAAAAAAAAAUUUUUUUAAAUAAAUAAAUAAAAUAAAAUAGCCUGUGUUUAGGCAAAUUUGAGUGCUCUUGAGCAAUUUUCUGGGAAGUUUGGAAAGACAGAGACUUAAUACCUUCUGCUACUGGAGCGAAAGUAAUGGUAUCUCAGGCUACACAUGUGAAAUGGAAAAAUCAUCAAACACUCAGGGCUUCUGAUCUGCUCAUUUAGGCCCAACCACUGUGUGCAUUUUUAAAUUUUGGCUUGAACAACUUGUUUUUUUGUUUUUGUUUUUGUUGUUGGUGGUGUUUUUUUGUUGUUUGGUUUUUUGGUUUUUUUUGGUUUUGGUUUUGGUUUUUUUUUUGUUUUGUUUUUUUUUUUUUUGUUUUUUUUGCAUCAGCUUUGCAGCCUUGCAUGGUACAUCAAUCGUCUGGCCACAGACCGUGAGCCCGGUUGAGUCCACGGUAAGGAGGGAGACCAGCUGAAGAUGAAAUUCCGCAUGCUCUGGCUCAUCUCUUUCUUCACACUCACCGACGGCGGGGAAGGCUUCCUGGGGAGAAAUGAAGGCAUGAAAACAAAAAGAGGACUCACUGUGAAUAAGAAAAAUCAUCCAGGCUCAGUCCAGGAAUAUGAGCUGCUGCUUCAGGUGGCCUACAGAGAUUCCAAGGAGAAGAGACACUUGAAGAAUUUUCUGAAGCUUUUGAAGCCUCCAUUGUUAUGGUUACAUGAACCAAUGAAGAUUAUCAGCGCAAAGGCCACCACAUACUGUGGGCACCAGAAUGGGGUCCUGCAGUGUUCCUGUGAGGACGGCUAUUCCUGGUUCCCUCCCUCAUGCCUUGAUCCCCAGAAAUGCUACCUUCACACGGCUGGAGCCCUCCAGAGCUGUGACUGUUAUCUCAACAACCUCACCCAGAGCCUCAGUUUCUGCGAGAGAGCAAAGGUUUGGGGCACUUUCAAAAUCAAUGAACGAUUUACCAAAGACCUUUUGAAUUCAUCUUCUCCUUCAUAUUCCAAGUAUACAACUGGAAUUGAAAUUCAACUUAAAGAAGCAUUCAAAAGAAUUCAAGAUUUUGAGUCGGUUCAUGUCACCCAAUUUCGUCAUUAUAGGGAUGGAAGCAUCAUUGCUGGGUUUGAAGUUGUGGGUUCCAGCAGCACAUCUGAGCUGCUGUCAGCCAUCGAACAGGUGGCUGAGAAGGUGAAGGCAGGCCUUCGCAAGCUGUUCCCACUAGAAGACGGCUCUUUCAGAGUAUUUGGAAAAGCCCAGUGUAACAGCAUUGUCUUUGGAUUUGGGUCCGGGAAUGACGAGUACACUCUUCCCUGUAGCAGCGGCUACACUGGAAACAUUACAGCCAGGUGCCAGCCCUCUGGGUGGCAGGUCCUCAGGGAGACAUGUGUACACUCUCAGCUGGACGAACUGAAGAAGAAUUUCAGUGUGAUCGCAGGCAAUGCCACUGAGGCAGCUGUGUCAUCCUUGGUGCGAAAUCUUUCAGUCGUCAUUCGGCAAAACCCAUCAACUACAGCUGGCAAUCUGGCUUCAGUGGUGUCCAUUCUGGACAACAUCUUGUCUCUGUCACUGUCAAGUCAUUUCAAGGUGUCCAAUUCAACCAUGGAGGAUGUCAUCAGUAUUGCUGACCACAUCCUUAAUUCAGCAUCAGUAACCAACUGGACGGUGUUACUGCAGGAAGAACAGCAUGCCAGCUCACGAUUACUGGAGACACUGGAAAACAUCAGCAGCCUCGUACCUUCGACAGCUCUGCCCCUGAGUUUCUCUCGGGAAUUCAUUCACUGGAGAGGGAUUCCAGGGUUCCAAAGCCAACUUGAGAUGGGUUACAGCUAUGAGGCUAAAAUAUCGCCCCCAAAUACUUCCAUUCCCAUCAGAGGCCAUGUGUUAAUUGGGUCAGACCAAUUCCAGGGGUCCUUUCCAGAAACUAUUAUCAGCAUGGCCUCGUUGACCCUGGGGAAUAUUCUAUCCAUUGCCAAAAAUGGAAAUGCUCAGGUCAAUGGGCCAGUGAUAUCCACGGUUAUCCAAAACUAUUCCAUAAAUGAAAUUUUCCUGGUUUUUCCCAAGACAGAGUCAAAUCUGAGCCAGCCUCACUGUGUGUUUUGGGAUUUCAGGCAUUUGCAAUGGAACAAUGCGGGCUGCCACCUAGUGAAUGAAACUCCAGACACGGUGACGUGCCAAUGUACUCACCUGACCUCCUUCUCCAUACUGAUGUCACCCUUUGUCCCCCCUGCCAUCAUCCCCUUUGUGAAAUGGAUCACUUUUGUGGGACUGGGCAUCUCCAUCGGAAGUCUCACCUUAUGCCUAAUCAUUGAAGCUCUAUUUUGGAAGCAGGUCAAGAAAAACCAAACUUCCUACACGCGCCAUAUUUGCAUGGUGAACAUAGCCUUGUGCCUCCUGAUUGCUGAUGUUUGGUUUAUCGUUGCUGCCACUGCAGACUCCACAGUAAGCUUUUCUGGAGUCUGCAUAGCUGCAGUGUUUUUUAUGCACUUUUUCUACCUCUCCUUGUUCUUUUGGAUGCUCAUGCUUGGCAUCCUGCUAGCUUAUCGGAUCCUCUUUGUGUUCCAUCACAUGGGCCUGCAUUUGAUGAUGGUUUUCGGGUUCUGCCUGGGCUAUGGGUGCCCUCUCAUCAUAUCUGUCAUCACCAUUGCCGUCACGCAACCUGGCAAUGGCUACGAAAGGAAAGACGUGUGUUGGCUUAAUUGGUCUGAUAAGAGCAAACCCCUCUUGGCCUUUGCUGUUCCUGCACUGACUAUUGUGGUUGUGAAUUUGGUUGUGGUGCUAUUAGUUCUCACAAAGCUCUGGAGGCCCACUGUUGGAGAAAGGCCGAGUCAGGACAACAAGGCCACUAUUGUCCGCAUGGGGAAGAGCCUCCUCAUCCUGACCCCUCUGCUGGGGCUCACCUGGGGCUUUGGCAUAGGAACAAUAGUGGACAACCGGAAUCUGGCUUGGCAUGUUAUUUUUGCAUUACUCAAUGCAUUCCAGGGUUUUUUCAUCUUAUGUUUUGGAAUGCUCUGGGAUAGUAAGCUGCGACAAUUGCUGUUCAACAAAUUGUCUCCUUUAAGCUCUCAGAAGCAAGCAUCAAAGAACUCAACAGAUGUAUCUGCCAAACCCAAAUUCCCAAAGCCUUUCAACCCACUGCAACACAAAGGCAUUUAUGCUCUUUCCCAUAUGGGAGAAUCGUCAAAUGACAUCAUGCUAACCCAGUUUUUAUCAACUGAGUAAGGCUGCGAACCAUAAAAUCAAGGGAAAUUUUUGGUGCAACUUGACAUUUAGAACUAAAUGUCAGUGAAAAAAUUAGCACAAUAUUAGAUGGAAUUUUCUGAUGUGGGCAUCUGGAAUAAAAUGAGAAGGUUUCAGCAGCUCUAUCCCUGCUCUUUUUAUCUUCAUUUAAAUGGAACCGUUUAUUUCCAUGUGGUUUGACUCAAAGGAAUUGCUUCAUAAACGUAGGAAAGUAGGUUUUAUUAGAAGCUGCGUCCGUUGUACCAGCUGUUCACUGCCACAGACCGCAGU